AAUCAGUGCCGUUGCCCGUUACCGUACAAUAUGGAGGAGCAUUGCAAAUCCCUAGCUUUGCAAUACGAUUUGUUUGUCAACAGCACCCUCAAGUAUUUGGAUACAGCGACCGAGAGAGAUUACAUGCUAAAAUUAAAAGUUAUUGAUCAACUUACAUACAGAAUCAAUCAAAGUGAAGCUGAUAAAGAUAUUAUCAAGAAAAAUCUAGAAGCUGUGCAGGAUGAAUGUUCUAAGUUGACCUAUAAACUUAAAACUUCUGCACGUUUAUUAGAUGAAGCUCAAGUUGAAAAGGAAAAACUUGUACUUGAAAAAGAAACCAUGAAAUCUCAAUUAAAACAAUUACACAGCAUUUUUAAGAAACAAGAUAUUGCAGAAAAAUCACAUCAGACAUUCUUAAAUCAUUCUGAUUGUGUACAAUUAAAUGAAAAAAAAUCUUUUAAUAACACUGAUGCUUUAUUAUCAGAUCUUAGUUAUAGUCAUUCUGAAGAUAGUUCGUAUGAAAAUGUAAUGAAAAAUCCAAAACACAAUUCUAUACCCACAAAAAAGUGUUCUACGGGCAACAUUUCAAAUAAUUUGAACACAAAAAAAUGUGAGAUUAUGAAUGUAAAUACUAGUAACAAUCAAAUUGUUGCUAUAACUACUUUAACUAUGGAUUUGGGUUCUGUUAAUGCUAAAUCAGUUAUAAAAACUUAUCCAACAUCAAUUUCACAAAUUGCAUUAUCGUCUAGUGAUUCUAUUGAGCCAUUGUCUACUAGUGAAUCUGAAAAAGAAAAUAACAUAUCUGAAAAAGAAAAUAAUAUAUCUGAAAAAGAAAAUAAUGUAACGGAAAAAGAACAUAAUUUUAUUCAAAAAAUUAUUGUAAUUCCGGAGAUUUGUGGUCACUGUCAUAAAAAAAUCAAAUUUAACAAUUAUAUGGUCAAAUGUCUGGACUGUAAAAUUAUAACUCACCUGGAAUGUAAAGAUUUUAUCCCUAUGAUUUGUUCAACUGGUCAACUACAACUUAAUGCUUUAAAUUGUGGUAUCCCACCCUCGAUUGUUCAUUGCAUUAGUGAAAUCGAAAGAAGAGGAUUGGAUACAGUUGGACUAUAUCGGGUGUCUGGUUCCGAUAAAGAAGUAAAAAAUUUAAAAGAUAAAUUUCGCAAAGGUUUACCGGAUUUAAAAGAUAUAGACAUACAUGUUUUGUGUAGUUAUCUGAAAGACUUAAUUCGUAUGCAAAAAUAUAAUCUUAUAUCUCAAAGUGAUUUAUCAAAGUUGACUGAUGCAUUCAAAAAUAAAAAUAAUGUUUCAAAUUCACUUUGUCAAACUGUAUCAGAAUUGCCACAUUCUAAUCGUAACAUACUUGCAUUCCUCAUUAUUCAUUUGCAAAAGGUAGCUAGUUCAUCAAAAUGUAAUAUGGAUUAUAACUGUCUAGCAAUAGUUUUUGGUCCUACAAUUGUUGGUGUUACUAGUACUUCCUUAGAUGAUUUACAUAUUAAAUUUGAACUCAUUUCUAAAAUUGUAAUAGAAUUGCUGAAGUUGCCUACAGAUUUUUGGCUUAGUUUUUUGAAACCUAAUAACAAUUCUCCCGAUGAACUAUUGCAUAGUACUCCAACUCAAAGUCAACCUCUAACACCAGGAUCAUCUAAACGUUUUUUUUCUUCUGGAAUAAAAAGACGAAUAUUAGACUCCCCCAAAAAAAAUAAAAUUGCUAAACAAGUUGAAUUUUAAAUCAAGAACUGAAUUAAGAAAAUUUUUAAAAUAUGUAAUGUUUAAGUAUGUAAGAUUCGUAUUCAUUUAAAAGAAAUGUAUUUUAAGAACUUGACUUAAACACCAAACAGAUAAUUUUUAUAUGAUGUUAAUUUUACAAAUUGUUUUUUGUACUACUUUACGUAAGUUGUGAUUAUAUUAUUUUUAUUUUUUAAUUUCAAACUGAAGUAUUUAUAAAUUAAAUAUUAUCUAGUUUCUAUGCAAGUAUAUUGUAAUUUGUUUUGUUUUUAACAAUUAUAUGAUACCAGGAUUAAUGUUAU